AUGCUCUCUGAGAGCUUUAUUGCAUCGUUCUCGUCUCUCAAUGCUUCUGCGCCGCCUCCAUCGUCCGCUCUCAAGGACGUCGGAAUCUGCAUCUAUGAAUUCCAACCGGAUUCUUCCAUACGCGCAACGUUGAAAAAGAGCUCCACGGAGCCUAAUUGUUUGGCUGUAACCGCUUCUCAUAUAUUUGCCGCGCAGGCCGGCAAAGCUGUGGUCAAUGUGUACAGCCGGGAGCGCGGAAAUCAGGAAGCCACAAUUCCUUUCUCGGAGCGAAUACGCAGUGUUGCGAUCGCAGGCAAAGACCAUGAUGGGAACGCUAUAUUAGUGCUAGGCACAGAUGGUGGGAGGCUAAUACUGUGGGAGGUGUGCACAGGAAGACAAGUUUCUACGCCGGCAGCGCACUUACAGCCCAUUACCUGCCUCACCGUCGAUAUAACCAAUAAUUUCAUUUUAUCUGGCUCAGAAGAUGGCAGUGUACACGUUUGGUCUUUACCUGAUUUGAUUUCCUUUUCAAAGCCCCAUUCUAGUGGGCAGGGCAUGCCGGCAUCGAAUUCACCGAUCCGCAGCAUCACAAACCACUCCGCCGCAAUUACUGGCAUUGGCACUGGCCAUAGCAGCAAUAAAAGUAAUAUUGCUAUUUCCAUCUCAAAGGAUCGCACAGCCAUUGUUUGGGAGUAUCGAACGGGAAAGAUUUUGCGAACGUUCCUUCUCCCUGGAAAUCCACUCUGUCUUACCAUCGAUCCCGCAGACAGGGCAUUUUACGUUGGUUAUGAUGACGGGAGUACCCAACUAGUUGAUUUUUUCAAAAAUCCAUCUAUACAAAAUAUCCUUUACGAUGCUUCACAACAAGCCACCCCUUCCCAGCUAUCCGCCAGCGACCGCUGGCUACCGCCUUCUACUGAUUUUGGGACUGCGGAGUGUCUUACGCUAUCUUAUGAUGGAACAAGUCUUCUGUCGGGUCACCGGGGAGGAGAUGUGCUUUCCUGGGAUAUAUCUAAAGGAAGAUUCUCGUCAACCGUAUCUUCGUUCAAUUAUCCUGUUACAAAUAUCCACAUGCUCCCGCCAACAGGUUUACCAAAAACUAUCCAAGAGGUAGCUGUCCAUAACAUUGUGAAACCGCGGUAUGACCCUGCACUAUCAAACACUCAGGCUCCUGAAGACAGAAUUCCUAUCGCGUACUCAUUUACCGCCCAACUUACCUCCUCAUCCCAAUACGACACUGAAAAUGAAUUUGCUGCUGCCCUUUCUCAUCCUUCGUUUCCGUCUGAUCUAUUAUUCGAAGGACUUGUCGAAUUGCAUGCUUUACGCACAGGUUCACAAGAUCCUUCCCUCAAACAGAGUACUAGCAUGGAAAUCGAUGAAAAAUUACCGUCUGGUGACGUUUCUCGACUCUCAGCUCUUGAAGAAGAAAUUCAGUCACUCAAACGACAGCUUUCUGUACACGAAUCGACCCACAAGUCUGAUACGGUUAAAAUGAUAAAGCUUCAGGAAUACAUUUCUGGCCUAGAGGAUCUCAACAAUGACCUGCUCGAUAAGCAAACAAGAGCUCAAAAAGCUAAACUAAAAACACAAACUAGUAAAAAUGAAAAUGCUUUGAAGAGACGGGAAGCGUGGUUCCAAGCCGAGAAAAGUGGGAAAAACGGGGAUACAGUUAUGAAGGAAAUGGUGGAUGAUGACUCAGAAAUGAGCGAGUGUGACGAGACGAGCGGUCAAGACUAA